ACUCCCGGCACCAGCCUGAACCAUCUCGCCCUCCGCUCUUCCUCUAUUUCUUAAUACGUGACACAUGAAGCCCCUUUCUCACCGGGGAAGACACCCAUCUUCAGGAGUGAGAGGGGAGAAAGCCAGACAAGCUGAUACGAUCUCUUUUAACGAGCUGAGGAAGGAGAGGGUGACCUGGUUCACGUUCGUCCUGUUCGCCAGGAGCUGUUAUUAGUAGUAAUUGUCCUGUUGCUGAGGGGGUCAGAGCCAGUAACCCCAGAGCGGUGUUACCAGGAGGAAUGGCAGACCCUGUCUGCUCCUGCAUCCCGCGCUCAGUUUUGCCUUGGUGGGGCAUGGCCCGAGAAUGAGCCAAACAGUCUCAUCAGACCAGAUCGAGCAGCUCCACCGGAGGUUUAAGCAGCUGAGCGGAGACCAGCCCACCAUCCGGAAGGAGAACUUCAACAAUGUCCCUGACCUGGAGCUCAACCCAAUCCGGUCCAAAAUCGUCCGUGCCUUCUUUGACAACAGGAACCUGCGCAAGGGAUCCAGUGGCCUGGCCGACGAGAUCAACUUCGAGGACUUUCUGACCAUCAUGUCCUACUUCCGGCCCAUCGACACCACCAUGGAUGAGGAGCAGGUGCAGCUGUGCCGGAAAGAGAAGCUGAGAUUUCUGUUCCACAUGUACGACUCGGACAGCGACGGCCGCAUCACCCUGGAAGAGUAUCGAAAUGUGGUAGAGGAGCUGCUGUCGGGGAACCCGCACAUCGAGAAGGAGUCGGCGCGCUCCAUCGCCGACGGCGCCAUGAUGGAGGCGGCCAGCGUCUGCGUGGGGCAGAUGGAGCCUGAUCAAGUGUACGAGGGGAUCACCUUCGAUGACUUCCUAAAGAAACCACCCUGCGCAUCCAGACCUCUCUUCCUGGGAACACCCUGCCCACCUAACAAGGAAAGCGCCUGGGACUGUGGGCGCAUGACGGUGGCCGAAAGUGUGCCGAGGCCUCCCUGUGGCUUGGGUGCCCACAGGACUGUGCGUACCCGAGCCUUGUGGCUGUCCCUGGAGAUGUUGAGGGCGACACUGUGAGAGUCUGAAGUUCUUACAUAAUCAGGGAGACAG